AUGAUCGUUCCCAACGCGAGCCUAAGCUGCGCGCACUGUCCCGGGGGAGGAGCCGGCGCCACGGCGGCGACGGUGACGGCGACGGAUGCGUACGAAGAGGUGUCCGGCGCUCUGCCUCCUCCGUCCCUGAGCCCGACGGGGCACCUGGUGGUGGCGGUGUGCCUCGGCUUCAUCGGAACCUUCGGGUUCCUCAGUAACUUCCUGGUUCUCAUGCUGUUCUGCCGGUACCGGGCUCUGCGCACGCCCAUGAACCUCCUGCUAGUGAGCAUCUCUCUCAGCGACCUGCUGGUCAGCGUGCUGGGCACCCCGUUCAGCUUCGCGGCCAGCACCCAGGGGCGGUGGCUGAUCGGACGCACUGGGUGCGUUUGGUACGGGUUCGUGAACGCAUUUUUGGGCAUCGUGUCCCUCAUAUCCCUGGCCGUUCUCUCCUACGAGCGCUACUGCACCAUGAUGGCGCCCACUAUAGCCGACGGUAGAGACUACCGCUCGGCGCUGGGGGGGAUCUGCUUCUCCUGGCUUUACUCUGUGGCCUGGACUGUUCCUCCGCUGCUGGGCUGGAGCAAAUACGGGCCCGAGGGCCCCGGCACCACCUGCUCGGUCGACUGGAAGACCAAGACGCCAAACAAUAUCUCCUACAUCGUCUGCCUGUUCACCUUCUGCCUGGUCCUGCCGUUCGGCGUCAUCGUCUACUCCUAUGGGAAGCUGCUGCUCGCCAUCAGACAGGUCCGCAGCGUGAGUUCGGUGGUGACCCGUCGCAGAGAGCAGCGGGUGCUGGUGAUGGUCAUCACCAUGGUGGUGUGCUACCUGGUUUGCUGGCUGCCAUACGGGGUCGCAGCUCUGCUCUCGACCUUUGGGCCACCUGACCUUUUAACUCCAGAGGCGAGCAUCACGCCAUCGCUGCUGGCCAAGUUCUCCACCGUCAUCAACCCUUUUAUCUAUAUAUUCAUGAACAAACAGUUCUACAGGUGUUUCAGGGCAUUCCUCAGUUGUUCCAUCCCAGAGCGAGGCUCCACCUUAAAGACAUUUUCACGGGUGACCAAGACACUCCGCACCGUCCGCCAGGAGAAAGACCACCAGGUGUCUGCUCCGGCCCCCUCCUCAGCCCUGCCCACGCCCAACUCAGCCAGUCAAGGCUCUGCUGCAUCCCACAACCCCCCAGCUGCUAGCAACCCCAAACCUAAACUGAUUCUGGUGGCUCACUACAGGGAAUGAGAGGAGAGGAGCGACGGGGCAGCAGGAGCUGAACGUUUAGAGGGGGAGUGACGAGCAGGGGCGCGGGGUCUCCAAUUAAGAAACAAAUCCUCUUAAUGGUAGAAAAGAGCGAGCACAAAGUGAGCUCAGUGGGAGUCUUAAAUACAAGCUGGGACUUUUUAAUCCCAGAGCACGUUAUCAUCGCCCUGUGCAGUCGGCCACAGGGACACACACAAAAUACCAGUCUCAUCCUGCUCACCAGCGGCACUGUAUACAAAGCAGAAGGAAGAUAUGAAGACGAGGGCUAAACACACUGUAAUGCUUCGCGUUGACAUUACAGACUCCUGCCAUUAGAAUGUACUCGCUGUAUUCACAUCAAUCGUGUGCACAAGAGCACAAAAGUCGCAUUAAAGCUCACUUACCUCCGCCUAAAAAAAAACAAGGUGGCCACGAGGGAUCCACGAUGAAAAAAAAAAAUGUAACAAACUUGCAUUAGUUUGUGUAGUUUCUUCCUGGUUUAGGGAACCAGGAUGAUUAGAUUUAGCUUAUAUUGUAGGAAAAGUUGAGAGCUUCGGGGUCAGAACAACGCCCACGCAGAGCCAACACGAAGAGGCUGAUUACAAAAUGAGACAUCUGCUGUUUGGAAAAAUGAAUGCCUGCGUUUACAAGCUUGAAAGUAAGUUGCAUUGUGGGCAAUCACCGAAGUGAUUACUCAUGCUGGGAGAGGUCUGGUUG